UGGACCCAGUGGGAGAGGCAAGAGCCUAGAUAGGGUCAUGUGGGGAGAGAGGUGGGUUUCGAAAUCCCAGUUCCUGAUUCUGUGGCCUUCAUAUGCUGUGAGCCCCUGAGCCUGGCACUGUACCAGUUGCUCCAUUUAAUCCUCGUGACUACCGUGCAGCAGGGACCUCUUGUUUGUUUAUGUUUUUCAGAUGGGGAAACAGACUCAGAGAGGUGAGGUCACAUGCCCAAGGCCCCACAGCUAGAGCGUGGCAGAGCUGGGACUCACUUUCAGACAUCCGGCUCCGGGUUCGGGCAGAGUACUGCGAGCAUGGACCAGCCUUGGAGCAGGGUGUGGCAUCCCGGAGACCUCAGGCAUUGGCACGGCAGCUGGAUGUGUUUGGACAAGCCACUGCUGUGCUGCGGUCAAGGGACCUGGGCUCUGUGGUGUGUGACAUCAAGUUCUCAGAGCUGUCCUAUCUGGAUGCCUUCUGGGGUGACUACCUGAGUGGCGCCCUGCUGCAGGCCCUUCGGGGCGUGUUCCUGACUGAGGCUUUGCGGGAGGCCGUGGGCCGAGAGGCUGUCCGCUUGCUGGUCAGUGUGGACGAGGCUGACUAUGAGGCUGGCCGGCGUCGCCUGUUGCUGAUGGAGGAGGAAGGAGGGCAGCGUGGGACAGACGCCUCCUGAUCCCGGAUCUGGCAGGACCGACCCCACCUCCAAGUCUCUGCAGGCCACCAGAAAGACGACUCUCUUGCCCCCAGACGACUGUCAUUCAGCAGCUCGAGGACAGCGUCAGGACUGCAGGUUCCGUGAUGGCCUCUGCUAUGAUGUGGGCUUUGAGGCAUAAACCACUUCCAGCUGCUUCCAUCCCAAGUUCCCCACUCCCAGGUGGUUUCUCUCAGCCUUGGUGGCCCAGGCUCACAGAGCCCUGAAGCAGGGAGGCAUAGCCCCCUGCACACUGUGUCACCCUGGGCUAAUGCUGUCUGCCCCACACACUUUAGCCUAAGGGCUACUCUCUCAGGAUCUCAGAUUUACUGUCCCCACGUGGGUUUCAGCCACAGCAGUGGUCUCUGGAGCUGGGGCUUGCUCACCUUGCCCAUUCAUCUAACCAACCUGGGCUCUGCCUGCCGCACACAGAUCUCCAACUCUGGUCACCUCCCCUGCUCCCUGAAGUGAGACAGACUUGCCCUUGGGCCUUUUAACCCAGACUAUCACACGUGGGCUUUGUGGCCACAUCAGGUCAAGGGCAGCUGUUUAGGGCCAGAACCAGCCACUUUCUCGUGAAGGGAAGGCGAGGAUGUAGGCUGAUGGGAAGAUGUUUCACAAACUGCGCCAAUAAAACUGCCCCGGAAAGGGCACAGGUGGGCAUCAAGGCUCUCCCGUACUUUUUGUUCGUCAGCAAGGGGAAAGGGCUGGAGAAGAGCAAGAUGCUAGCUCAUCUGAACUGGCAUCACCAUUCCUUGGGCCUCAUUUUCCUUAACCAUCACAGGAAAUAAGGCCCUGGCAUUGACGACCAGCCUGUUCACGCGUGUGCUGUAGGAUUCUGUAUGUUCAUGGAGGGGAAAUCUUUCUAAGUUUUAUGUGUGCAGGUGUUCUGCUUGCAUGUGUGCCUGUGCACCACGUGUGUUCUGGCCUCUGAGGAGGCCAAAGAAGGGGGUGUUAGAUGCCUUGGAACUAGAGUUAGAGCCAGUCAAGUCACUGUGAGGCUGCUAGGUCUCAACAGCCAAUGAUUCUAACCACUGAGCAGUUUCUCCAGCCAUUUUCAGGUGUUCAUAUGAACCUGUACACUGAGUGUAGUGCUCAUGGAUGCCCAUGUUGUGAGAGCGCCCUGGAACUCAAGUUCCCAAAAGUCGUGAGCUGCCUGCCAUGGCAGCCUGGAACCGAACUCUGGUCUUCUGGGAGAGGACUCCAGGAUUUUUAGCCCUCUCAGUGAGAGGAACUGAUUGUUUCCAAAACUUUUAGAGCCCUGGGAAUGGGGAACUGGAAAGGAGAGGCAUCCAGGGGUUCUCUGCCUGCAAUUCCUUCCCCCGAGGCUCCCAACCCUCCCUCUCUGACUUUGGGUUUCAGAGUCCAAAGCUAAAGCACCCCUUGCCACUAUGAGGCCCAAGGGGAAUGUGUGAGGCCUCCCCUGCCUUCUCCCCUCAGAAGGCAAAGACUCAAGAGUGUUUCUCACACAAAAUCAAGUCUUCCAUCCUUAGGGCCUAAGGAGCAAGGA